AUGGCAUCACAAGACCCGAGUUCAACACAGGCCUUCAACAAAGACGUGAAUGAGAUCUUAUCACAACACGAGAAAGAGAAAAACAAUAAAGAAGAAGGAAGCUCAAGAACAAGAGGAUCGGGGAAAGCUAUACGAGGACGAGGUAGAGGCGGCAGAAGAGGAAGAGGAAACGCAACAGCAACUUGCCAAACAAGAAGUACAACAAAAGGCAAGAUUAGAGAACCAAGAGAAGAAACUGUUGAUGAAGAGAAAGAAGACGAAAGUGAGUUAUCAGAGGUAGAAAGCGUUGACAGGAAAGAGAAGAAGGAAGGAGGAGAAGAGCUAGAGAAUGGAAUGAUGGAAGAGAAUGAGGCGGACGAGGAUACCAUUUCUUUAGAAGACAAAGCAGAGCUAGUAGCAGAAAAUGCGCACAUAGAUCGAGAGCACGAAAGAUACCUCGCAGAGUUGACCAGAUUGUAUUGGAAAGGAAACACUGGACGGUAUGAUAUACUGGAGAGAGCUUAUAGUAGAUGGUGCGAGAGAAUUGGAACAGAUCCACGAGGUGUUCAAAUGUUAGGAGCCUCUAGUGAAGAAGAAGAAGAGGAAGACUUAGGAGGCGUGAAGAGAAAAGCGAAAGAAACAUGUAGUGAAAAGUCAACGAAGGUGGCAAAGAAGAUGAAUACCGGGAAGGUAUUGACACAUAAGUUGAUAGACUUGGCUCCUUACUGGGACAAUAGGAUGAAGGCUUGUUUCGGCUAUGUACCUCUCACAAUUUUCGUUCCAGCCUGGUUGCUAGCAGAUAAGAAUCACAUGUCGAAUAGAAGGAAGCAAAGCUCAUUGUGUUCGGAUGUAGUAGCAUACGUCGGAUUGAGGGUACCUAGUGAAUGGAGACAAAGUUUUUUAAUGUGGUCAACAUCUUUCCAUCUUUAUGUCCAGUAUUGGAGAUCGAAGUACCAACAAGAAGAUAUCGCUAAAAGACUAGAAGAACAUUAUAAAAUAAACGUGAACCCAGCAACCGGAAGGUAUCAAGUAGGCUGGGACAUGAUAUCCAACGGAGACGAGCAGAUAACGGCGGUGACAGGAGGCAGGAUGUUAUCCCACCUUGCACCCAGUGGAAGAAGUCAGGCACAGGGAAUGACCGGACAAUUCUUCGGGGAAUCAUCUCAUUACCAAAAUGUCAGCCAUCAUGAGUUUGGGGAGUUGAAUGGAAAUGGAAGUUUUAGUCAAAACGGUAGAGGACGAGGUAGAAGAGGUAGAGGAGUAAGUCGUGGAAUUAAUGCAAGAGGUGGAGGUUCGAGAGGUGGUCACUCAGGACCAACGACCGUGGUGAAUGGGGUGACGGUGCCAAAGUUCGGACCAGGAGCUUUCAAGGCGGUGAAAGCAGCGAAACAAGCUGGGACAGGAGGAAAUGGUGCGAGUGCUCAGUGA